CAUGCUGUUUGUGUACGGUAGUAGUGAGCAGCUCCGUUAACUUUGGACUGCUGCGUGCAUGUGUUGGUUAAUGUGUUUUCAACACUACAGAAAGAAUGUUGCAGAUGAAAAAUCGUUUGAAAUAUUGCUCUGUUGCCAUCGCUGCGAACAGGCUUGUUUCUGGAGCGGUAAAGAACCCCGUCGUGUUUAUGGAUAUCGCAGCUGACGGACAGUUCAUUGGAAGAAUUAUUAUUGAGCUUUAUGCUGAUGUGGUUCCCAAAACGUCAGAAAACUUCAGGGCUCUCUGUACAGGAGAGAAUGGCUUUGGAUAUAAAGGCUCAGUUUUCCACAGAAUCAUUCCUGAAUUCAUGUGUCAGGGUGGAGAUUUCACUAAUCAUAAUGGCACUGGUGGAAAGUCUAUUUAUGGAAAGAAAUUUAAGGAUGAGAAUUUCAAGCUGAAACACACUGGACCAGGUGUAUUGUCAAUGGCAAACUCUGGGCCAAACACAAAUGGAUCACAGUUUUUCAUCUGCACUGGAAAAACAGAAUGGCUUGAUGGCAAGCAUGUUGUGUUUGGUGAGGUCAAAGAGGGCAUGGAGACCGUCUCUCUAAUGGAGUCCUACGGCUUACAUGAUGGAGGAACUGUAAAGAAGAUUGUCAUUACAGACUGUGGAGAACUCAAGUGAUCCUGGAGAUUUCUGAAAGAGUUUCACAACUGAAACUGCUGAAAGUAUUGUGAUAUCAAAAUUGUACAACUGUAAGUACUUUUGGAAGAUUGACAUGUCCUGCGGUGUGACGUGCAUCUAAAAAUAUUUUAAACGGGAUUAUGCGAAUUAUUUAUAAUUACUAUGCAUGCACCUUUUAUGGCCUCAUAUUCAUUGAGAGAUUACAUGGAAUAUUUGUACUUUUAGACAUUCAUUUGACCAUUUCAUAUGAAAAGGUGAUUAAAAAUGUUCAAAAAUUAAAUGAAGUGACCAGUAACAGCACCUAAAAUAUACACUUCUUUUCAGGGAUUUGCCCAUGUAAUCGAUUAAUCGAGUACUCGCUCAGCUUUAAAUAUUCAACUAGUAAAAAUUCUACUUAAAUAUUGCCAUUUGAUUUGUCUUUGCCUGCAGUGGGCAACACUGAAAUUGCUUCUCUCACCUAAAUCUUGCCAAUUAAUUGAGUACUCGUUCAGCUUUAAAUAUUCGACUAGUAAAAACACUUUUCAUUUUUGAAUCUAGAUCUUGUUGUUUAUCCACAUGUUCAUUUUUUAAAUAAGAAAAACAGGUUCAAAAUUUGAAGGUUGAACUUAAAUUUAAGUUAUCAAUUACUUGUUUCUUUAUGUGUUAGAGUACUCGACUACAAAAUUACUCAAAAUGCCCAUCCCUUUUUCCACCAUACUUUUUCUCAUACAUUCAAAUGAUUUUUAACCUUACAUUUUUAUGUUAAUUAAAAAAAAGGUCCAUAGAAGCAUUGUCCGUCAACUAGCCAUGUAUUGUAAAUUAUUAAUGAUUAUUUUUCUAAUCCAAUAUUACCUACCUGUUGCAAUUUAAGGCAUCAGUCUGUGGAUUCAUUAAGGUAUUUUAUGCUUACCAAGUAAGUGUGAUACUCAUUAAGUAUAGUUAUUACUUACUACACAAGCUUAUGGGUCAAAUGGCAUGGGGAAAUAUAUAGUUAAAAAAAAUAAAAUUUGUAGUAUAAAAGCUUUAUGGAGAUUGUUUACCUUCUAAGAACUAGUCCAGAAAAACCUAGGAGGUAAUUUAAAUAAAUAAAUUACACAUGAAACUGGUUGUGACAUAUGGAAUUUCUUUCAGGAUAUUUGUAUCCUGUGCCCAUUUAAUGACUCAAGGCAGUUUUCCAGAUGAGGGCCGGCUACAACUGCAGCAGUAUAUAGUUGCGUGGCAUGCUUUUUAAAUCUUCCAGAAAAUGAUCCCAAGCCUUUUUUUUUAGACUAUCCAGUGACAAAAUUUCUUGUCCCGUAAAGCAGGAUAUGACAUCCUGUUUGGCUAAGAAAAAUCUCCACCUCAAAAGUGGAACUUUUAACAGGAAUCUCCACAUUAACAUGUACAUGUUAAUAAAACACUAAUGUUGAUUGUGGAGACUUUUAUAAAGUUUGGCAAAAAUUUUGGGAGCCAUUAGCUGUACCAAUUCUGCCGUGCAAACGAAACUACACAUUUUGUCAAAAUUGAGAUAUGACUAUAAUGGGGCCUCUUAAAUUAUCAUUUCUUGUGACAGAUGGGUUUGGCUCAACUAUGCCCAGAUUAAUGUUUAUAUAAAAUCAGUGCAAUACCAUGUGUGUGUGUACAACACAUUUGGGUGGACAAUCAAAAAACUGUAGGGCAGAAUCGACAUUCACUUACCCUGAAAUGAAAAUGAGCACUCAAUGGCGUGUAGGUGUAGCUUAUCACAGUAAUGCCUUAUGAAAGUAAAUUAUGAACCUUUGUGGAAAAACAGUGCUCACUCCUAAAUGAAACCAUAUGGGGUCUGAACUCACAACUAGUUUGUUUGACUUCUCAGAUUGCAAUGUUGCUAUAGAGACAUUCUCAUUCUGUUUAAGUCUGCAUUGUUGCAACAAACUUGAUAUAAUUUGGGCCUCCACCCUCUUGUGAAGUUUAAGGGAUUUGAAAUGUGUAGGCCAAUUACUUGAAGUUGGUUUCAAGAGAAAAGCCAGCUCCAUCGCCAAGUACUAACAUACACAUACAGCCCUUACAUGUUUACAAUCGUUAAAAGUAAUUAGAUCAAGACUGAAAGAAUACACAUCUGCGUCUUCAAACCUGAGCUGUUGCAAAGAUGAGGCAAAUAGUUCUCAGUGAUCUCUAAACUUAAAGAAACGCUCUUCAGCCCGUUCAACAAUAAACGAACCUGAUGUCAGAAUGACAAGUGUUCCCCAAGGCUUCAGACAUAGUGUUCAAUUACACAAGAGGACCGUAUCUAAAUAAUUAAUAAGUCCAUACUGCCUUCAGCAUGACUGAUUUAAAAUGGACUGAGUUUCCCAACACCCAGAGAUGUGCCAAGUGUGUUGCAAUCCAAAAGCAGCCUGUACAUACAUUUGGGCCAAACUCAACUGAAACACACAGGAGAAAGAAAUAAAUCCUCAAAGUCAUGGUUCAUUUAGAGUCCAUGUUUUAAUUGAACAAACUUCUAAAAGCACAGUCUUCAGUUUUCCUAACUAUCAAAUAAGGCACAUAUCGGAAUGCCGUUUCAUGGACACUGAGCAACAGAUUUAGAUCUCUCUUCACUUUCUAAUACAUUCCUUCUUCAAUCCUUUCUGUUAC